GCGGACCGGGGUCACUUCCGGUCUGCCGCGGUUCUGCUUCCGGGUCGGUCCCGGUUCUUGCUCGGCCGCCGCCGCCUCCGCAGCCGGUUCCGGAGCCGCCGCACGGCGGGAGACACUGCGAUGAGGCUGUACAGCCUGAGUGUGCUUUACAAAGGCGACCCUAAAGUGCGGUUACUGAAAGCUGCUUAUGACGUGUCCACCUUCAACUUCUUCCAGAGACCCAGUGUGCAGGAAUUCAUGACCUUCACGAGCCAACUGAUUGUGGAGCGCUCGGAGCUGGGCAGCAGAGCCUCAGUCAAGGAGCAAGAGUACCUUUGCCACAUGUACGUUCGGAACGACGGGCUGGCUGGAGUGGUGAUUGCAGAUAACGAGUAUCCGCAGCGGGUUUGCUUCACUUUGCUGGACAAGGUGCUGGAUGAAUUCUCCAGGCAGGUCAGCAAAAUAGACUGGCCUUCAGGAUCCCCAGCGACUAUCAGCUACACGGCCCUGGACGGGUACCUCAGUAAAUACCAGAACCCCCGCGACGCCGACCCAAUGACCAGAGUGCAGGCGGAGCUGGACGAGACCAAAAUCAUCCUGCACAACACCAUGGAGUCGCUGCUGGAGCGAGGGGAGAAGCUGGAUGACUUGGUCUCCAAAUCGGAGGUGCUUGGGGCACAAUCCAAAGCCUUCUACAAAACUGCCCGAAAGCAGAAUUCCUGCUGCGAAAUCAUGUGACGUGGAGCCCCGGGGUCUUGUGCUCCGGACCACCAGGCCUUCACCCCGCUUCGGACCUCGACUGUGCCCAGGACAGAAAGCAGAACCCUGGGGGGCUUCCCCAGGCUGGGCGGCCUCGGCCCCGAGGGCUUAGGUGACUUUAUCUUCAUCUCGUGGGGGUGCCGAGGCCGAGGCCGGCAUCGCGCCGGCACCCCGUGGAGCGGGGGGAGCGCCGGAGACCCGCUGCCCCCGCUUCUCCUGAGGGCGGCUUGGAGCGCGGGGCGCCCAGCUGCGCCCCCUCCCCUGCCCUCACACCCCUAACACUAGCCAGGGCCUCGGCAUCUCCCCGGGGAGAGGAGCUGCUUGAGGGACCUGGGGGCGGGGGGGGGCUUUUAUGUGUUUGUGUCCUAAGAGUGAACCUGGGGGCGGGGAGGGAAGGGGAGAAGAGGUGCUUUCUCUGGGUGGGGGGGAUGCUUGCUGCUGGGUUAUCACCCAUUGCCUCUCUGGGCAGCUUUUCCCAGAACUGGUGAACUGGGAGCUGUGGUCCAUGUGCCCCCUUGCUGCCCCCCCACCCCCGCGCCCCCCCCCCCCCACUGGGGAAGGGGCAGGGCUGAGCUGGUGACAGGGAGGGGGUCACCUCCGGGCCCCUUCCCUCGAUUCGCAGCACAGGGAGGGGGAGGUGUGGGAAAGAGCCAAGCUGGGAGGGGGGGGUGGUCCUUGGGUAGCCCACAGCCCCCCUCAUUCCCUGGCUGGUGAGGGUUGGGGGUCUGUCCCCCACAUUGUGCGGGUGGGGGCAGCAUCUGAGCACCCCCCCAGUUCCCAGCUGCCAGGCUGGGGGGGGGGGAAGAAAGCUGGGGCAGCGUGGGGCAGGCUGGAAACAGCCCCAGUGCUGGGGCCCCCCGUGACGGCAGGCAGGGAGUGGGGCCGGGGGGGGGCUCAAUGCCUGCCUUGGGGCUCAGCUCCCCGUCCCCUGCUCCUGUCAGCGUGGGGGGGGGCUCGGUGCCUGCCGGGUGAGCAGCAGCCCUCGCUGCCUCCUCUUCCUCCUUUGGAAGGGCAGCAGCUUUUGCUUGAGAUUGUCUAGUGAUUGGUGUCGCCUAUUGUUUCUGUGCCGCUAGCCACAGCGCCUGGGCAGGGAUAAAGUUGUCUUUGGCAGUUGUAGCCCGGCUCUGACUUUUUUUUUUUGUGACUUCCCAGGGUGGGGGUCAGGCCGGGCAUGGCCAUAGGGCCUCCCCCCAGCACCCCAGGCCCACAGGUGGGUGCAGAUUCACUCAGCCUUCUCCCUCCAGCUGUUUUGUUUUGUUUUGUUUUGUUUCCUUGGUCAGUUGUUUUUCCUCAUAAUUUAUUUGCAGUUUUCCCAAGACAAAAACGAAAUCAGAGUCAUCUUUUACACUUACAAGGCUCAGAAAGAAAAGACAAAGGGGUUGGAGGGGGGAAUAUGCCGGGGGGGGGGGGGGGGGGGGGGGGAACGGGACGGGACAGAAAAAGAAUGAGAGAAAAGGGGAGGAGAAGAGAAAAAUUUGGCAACGAUCCACCAGCAUUCAUGGGACAGUAACAGCUCAGCUCAGCUCCUCGACAUACAGCAUUAGCGCUCGAGGUUUGCUCCCGCGCAAAGGGCAUGCAGAAAAAAAAAAAUGAAAUAAAAAUAA